UCGCAGCUAGACAGACGGCUCCGGACAGAAAGAUAUUGUUGACGUUUUGUUUUCAGCGCUUUUGUGUGGAUUAUUGGACAUCACGACGACAUCACCCGCAGAUCUAGAAGACCACCUUUCGACUCUACUAUCACGCCUCAGUGCGGGGACCCAGCAAAGAUGAAAUGGAUGUUUAAAGAGGACCAUUCCCUCGAGCACCGAUGUGUGGAGUCAGCCAAAAUACGCAACAAAUAUCCUGACAGAGUACCGGUGAUAGUGGAGAAGGUUUCCGGCUCUCAGAUAGUGGACAUUGAUAAGAGGAAGUACCUGGUGCCCUCUGACAUCACAGUGGCCCAGUUUAUGUGGAUCAUCAGGAAACGUAUCCAACUGCCUUCGGAGAAAGCCAUCUUCCUCUUUGUCGACAAAACUGUCCCCCAGUCCAGUCUGACUAUGGGCCAGCUGUAUGACAAGGAGAAGGACGAGGACGGCUUUCUGUAUGUGGCCUACAGUGGAGAAAACACCUUUGGUUACAAGGCCUUUUAUACAACACAGGGUUAAUGCUUCACUAUUCACACAUACACACACAUACACACACACACACACACACACACAAACACAUAGUAGGGCCCAACAUACAGUAUACUGGUGCACAAUGUUUCAGACAUUGAUCUUUACAUGUGCUACACAAGUAACACACCUACGCGCACCUAUGUCAUUUAAAGUCAAUUUUUUAUACUGAAAAACUCACAUUUAUUGUGAAUAAUUAAUUACACCAAAAUCUUACAAUAAACAAACAUAAAAAAGAAUUGACAGACUCAGGUAAUCAUUAAUGUCAAAAAAAUGCUUGACUUUAAUGGUCACUCUUUUUUGUCAUGAUUACUGUUUAAAGGUCAGUUGUGGAGAGAAAUAUCUUUUAACACUGCCGUAAAACGACAAUAACAAUCACCGCACGUCAGAUAACGUUCGUUUUCCAACAUCAGUAUUAGAUAAACAACACACACAUGCCAAUCAUCACACAUUACCCAAUCAUGCUACAUUUUUGUUCUUUUUUUUUUCUCUCUAGUCGAGCUUUGUUGUCAGAUAUUUGUGCUCAGAGAAAUUCUAUAAUCAUGUGACCAGAAUCAUUAUCUAUGUUAUGGAUGUAUUUGUGUUGCUCAUCAUAUCAUGUAUAGAAACUUCAUUAUGCAAAAUUAAUUCCACAGGUACACUCAGCAGUGCGAUAGGCUACGAGAAUGACAGAAAGCAUGUAAAAGAAAGCAGCUUGUGCUAAUGAGUCGCUGAAUAAAACACUGUGUGCUGGCGAAGAGGCUGCUGGUGUAGCGUGUGUCCGGCUCAGGGUUGGGGAUCAGCACCAGUCCUUGGGAUGUUACUGAGUGCUUCCCAGCCUGGCUGUUACAGUGUGUAUUUGCACAUUAUGUUUGCUAAAUCGAUGUCAGCACCUCCCAGGAUUCAAACUCAUCAUACCAACAGCAGCUGUGGAUUGCUAAAGAAAACCCAACACUUUACUUGAAGCUCAUUGUGUCGAUGUGUGAUAGUUUUACAUUCUCAUCAACAACUUGCAACGAUCUAAAAUUUACAACCGCUUAAAAGAAAAAAAAGAGACAGUGAGUAAGUGUUGCACUUUACCCAUGCUGCCUCCACCUGUCGUCUACCUCUAUGUCAGCUUGUGGUUUUCCUAUAUUCCCCAGAAUGCCUUUUCUCCUAACCUCCAGACAAAAAGCAUGAACAUAUCUGCUUUAUUGUCCUUUUUCACUGCAGAUUUUGACUUGUCAAAAACAGGUGUAACUAAUAGCCUAACUAUUGAUAGUGUAUAAUAGCUGCAUGAAUAUUAGAUAUACGCAUAUGGAACGGAGCCAUAGUUCAUGUUAUACACUGACCUCUAAUUAUUACAAAUCAAAGCCAGUUGUAUUUGUACUGAUGUGAUGUCAUUGUCCGUGUUUCUCCAGCUUUCCUAAGUAAUGGGAGAGUAUUGUUUAAUGGUCUCCAAUGAUAAGAUUAGAUUAUGAUGCCUUGCAACUAUGUUUUACUUCAAAAUUUCUUUACAUGAAAGAGCCCUCAGAGAGGUUCAUGAUAAUCCAAAACUUAAAGCUGCACAAAUGAAAAUGUCUGUAUUAGCAGUGCAUCUAGUGAAAAGAACUAGCUGUAAGUCUGUUUCCGCUCAUUGUUUUAGUUUGCUAAUCCGUAACCACCUCUCUUACCAACCUCAUUUCUAGCUACAGCAUGCAGCUAUGAAAAUGCUCUGAUAAACUCACUGUACAUUACUUGCCUAGCACCAAGAGCCAGACAGACGAAGUUAGCAACUAGCUGGUGAAGAUUGUGGAGCAUUUAGCAGUUAAAGAGCCAGAUAUUACUCCCAGGAGUUGGUGGAGGCCAAAGUAGAGUUUAAAGGAGAGUGAAUUUGGGAUUUAAAUUCAUUAGGUGGACUGAAACACAAAUUAAUGCUAAUGUUACUCCAUGUUUGCUUGUUGUAUGGGCAAUGUAAGGUACUUUAUGUGGUCAAUGUAUGCAGCUUAAAACCAUGUCACAAGCAGGUAUUUUUAGUUUAUCAAAGGCAUUCUGGAAAUGUAAGAACGGUCAUGAAAUUUAGUGGAUAUGUAGUGGUGGAAGAGGAUCUGACUUUUCCCCUUCAAGACCACUCACCAAAAAACACCUGUUUACACCCCUACUGAGAAAAACAAACAUGGAGGUCUCCCCUCUUGCUCCACAAUAAUCCAGUCUGUACAGUUGAUCUUCAGAAAGCUUUUAGGAUACACUGUGAGCCAUUAACACAUUACUAACUCAUGAGAAAUAUUACUCACUUGCAUAUGACUUGUGUAAUUUCCCCAUAUGUUCCAGGAAUGUGUGUGUGUCAUGAGAUUAGUGAAGAUGCACAGUAUUUGACCCUGUCCCUGCCCAUUGUAUCUUCUUCAAAUAUUAAUGAUUAAAACACACAAUGUUCCCAGUGGAAAGUUAA